UCCAGAUUCCGGCACAAGAUGAAAGGCUCUGGUCUUCCCCUCUGCCUUCUCACUGCUGUGUUUUACCUCUUCUGGACACCUUCUGCUGGGCUGAAGACACUCCGUUUGGGAAGCUGUGUGAUCACCACAAACCUUCAGGAAAUGCGAAGUGUAUUUUCUAAGAUACGGGACAGUGUGCAAGCUGAAGAUGAAAUCAUCGACAUCAGAAUCUUGAGGAAGACAGAGUCUUUGCAAGACACAAAGCCUGCAGAUCAGUGCUGUCUCCUCCGUCAUAUUCUGAGACUCUACCUGGACAAAGUGUUUAAAAACUAUCAGACCCCUGACCACCACAUCCUCCGGAAGAUCAGCAGUCUCGCCAACUCUUUUCUUACCAUUAAGAAGGACCUCCGGCUCUGUCAUGCCCACAUGACAUGCCCUUGUGGGGAGGAAGCAACGGAGAAAUACAGCCAGAUUCUGAGUCACUUUGAAGAGCUUAAGCCUCAAGAAGCGGUGCUGAAGGCUUUGGGAGAGCUCGACAUUCUCCUGCGAUGGAUGGAGGAGAGGGCAUAGAAGGAAAAUGAUGCUACUGCUGAGAGUAUUCCCGGCCAAGUGUCCCAGUCCUUAGUACCAGUGGAAGCCUGACCCUAAACCACCAUCUCUUUCUUAUAUAAUUUAGUGCUGGUCACAGUGUACAUUAUUUAUGUAUCAUUUGUUUCCUUAUCGUGGUUGUCUUCAUGUGUUGCCACUCUUAAUCUAGACCAUGGUUUUAUAAGAUUUUGGUAAUAUCUUUUCUACUGUUGGAUAUAUUUAUUAGUUAAUAUUUUUAUUUAUUUUUGCUAUUUAACUUAUUUUUGU